UCCCGUAUAUAAGGUCACUAGCAUACAAAUUAUUCUUCAGUUGUAGUUUAGUUGACUUUGACAAUCAUAAAUUUUUCAAAAUGAACAAAGCUUUUGUUUUCGUCCUUAUUGGCUUCCUUGCCAUUCAGACCAUUGAAUGUAGACCAAAAGCAGCAGCCAAAAAUACAGCAAAUUCCGUUGAAGAAGGUGAGAUAUCAAAGAAAACUCAAGAGUUCAUCAAAAAAGCUGACGAAAUUAUCUCUGGAACCGUACCUAACUCUCAACAAAUUAUUUCGAAUAUCGAACAAACCGGGGAAAAAGUCGCUAGUGGCAUUAAAGAAUUGAAUGCUGCCAUUACGAAAAAGAUAUCUGAAAACAGAGAGCCCAUUGAUAAUUUUUUGCAACAACUUUCCACUGACUUGCAUACUGCACAUGAAAAAAUUCAAGCACAAGUUUUGGGACCAAAUGGAGAAAAGAAAGCUGCCGAACUCAAAGAUAAUUUAACUCAACAGCUUAAAGAUGUUGCAGCUAAAAUUGAUCAAUUUAACAGCAAUAUCAAACCAGAAGCAGACAAAAUCAAAAAUGACGUUCUUGGUGCCCUCAACGCUUUUUUGACUAAAGCUGAAGAAGCAGCAACUACCCUCAAAAAAGCAGUAUCCGAUGCCAAAACUAAAUAAAUUAACAUCGUAUGAAUUUUUACUUGAAUGUAUUCAAUAAAAUAUAAACAAAUA